UUUGAGGGAAUGAUGGGAAGGAUGAUUCUGUUUUUGGCCUUGUUCGCAGUUACUUUGGCAUCGGAAGGACACGAACAGAUUAACUACGAUGAGCAAAAUCACUGGGGCGAUAUUUGCAUCACCGGAGAACACCAAUCUCCUAUUGAUGUCCCUCUCCCUUCAUCAAAAGUAAAAGUGUCAGCAGAAACACCCUUCUUACAGCUUCCAAUGAAAAAUUUUAAGAUGACGAAUUUGAACAACGCGAACACAGUAAAAUACUCCGUAAAUCCCGAUCAAACCGUCGCCCAAGUACCUUGGAUGGAAAACCGAGAGGUAACCCUCAUGCAGCUCCAUCUUCACUGGGGGGACUCAGCUGCUCGAGGAUCUGAACACUUGAUAGGAGGAAAAGCUUUCGCUGCGGAGGCACAUCUUGUAACCAGCUACACUGAUUCUGAUGGGAGUACAAAGUACAUGGUCUUCGCUCGAGUGUUUAAGGCGGGAAAAGCAAACGCACUAGUCGAACUGAUGAUAGAGGGGGCUAAGAAGGAGAAUGAGGACAGGAAAAUAGACUCCUUCGACCUGAGCGCUCUCUACCCAGCAAACUCAGACAUCUGGAAGACAUACAUGGGUGGACUGACAACACCUCCAUGCAGCGAGGUAGUUCACUGGGUCAUUGUAAGGAAACCCCUGACUAUAUCCAAACGUCAGCUGAAGCAGCUGAGGAAGAUGUCACUUGGACACGGAGACAUGCCUGCUAUGACACGUAACUGGAGAGAAAUCCAGCCACUCAACGGACGAGAAUCUACCAAAUACCACAGAGGGUAGUUGGAUUCAGCUUGCAAAGAUCAUUUUGGAUGGAACUUCAUAGAUAAAUGUUAUAUUUUUUAGGAUGGAUUAUAAAACUUUUUUAACAAAUAUUGUCCAGCAGCCGCUGCUGUUUUACUUUUAGGAUAGUUUCUUGUUAUUUUGAUGACAAUAAUUAGUGGAUGUAGAGUAGUUUUAAGUUUUAAGCUCCUCCUGUUUCAGGGGUACCCCAUUACAAACAAUGUUAGGAAAAUUACUUUGGAUUCUGAUAAAAGGCAUUUUUAGAACAAUUUAAAUUAACGGUUCUCCAUCUAAGCUUGGAUUCUAAGAUUUAAAAGAACUUGAAAAUUUUCAUUUGUGCUUAUUUUGAUACAAUUUUGAGCUGUCCGAUGUUGUAAAAUAUUGAACCUCUAAAUUAAAAUACAGAAAAUCUGAAUUU